GGAUCGAGAGAAACAUAAAACGAGAGAAUCGAAACUCCAAUUGUAGUAGGAAAGAACGACGUGGCGGGAGUAUUGACCGGUAGUUACGUUCCCGCACGAUAGUCUCUCUCAAUCUUUGCAGUUGUCAAGCGGCAAAAAGACGGAAAUGUCACUCACUCGCGCCGCAAUUCACCGCUUCCGUCACACCUACCGCAGAUUAUCGCCAUCACCGUCAAUCACUCGCUUUCAAUUUCAUCCCAUUCCCAUUCCCAUUCCCAAACCCUUCCACUUCCACUCUUCUUCUUGUUACUCCUCAUCUUCCUAUUCCACCAUUAAACAACACUUUGCCGGUCAAGAUGACGAUUAUCCCACCGGUGACUUUCAUUUUAAGCCAGUUACCGGCUGGAAUAAAUUUCUCGUCAAGCUCAAGAUGCUAAUUGCCUUCCCCUGGGAGCGUGUUCAACACGGUAGCGUUUUGAAAAUCAUUUUGCGCGGCCAGAUAACCGAUCAGUUGAAGAGUAGAUUCUCGCCGGGAUUAUCUCUUCCUCAAAUUUGCGAUAAUUUGUUGAAAGCAGCUUAUGAUCCUCGUAUUUCUGGCGUAUACCUUCAUAUUGACAUUUUAAAUUGUGGUUGGGCUAAACUUGAAGAAAUUCGAAGACACAUCUUAAAUUUCAGAAAAUCAGGAAAAUUUGUUGUGGCUUAUGUCCCUUCAUGUCGAGAAAAAGAAUAUUACAUUGCUUGUGCAUGUGAAGAAAUAUAUGCUCCUCCGAGUGCUUAUUUUUCUUUGUUUGGAUUGACUGUUCAAGCGGGAUUUGUCAGAGGUGUUUUAGACAACAUUGGAAUUGAACCACAGGUUGAAAAAAUUGGCAAAUAUAAAAGUGCAGGAGAGCAACUAACCUGUAGAACCAUGUCUGACGAUAAUCGUGAGAUGCUGACUGCGUUGCUGGAUAAUAUCUAUUCAAAUUGGCUGGAUAAUGUUUCUUCUGCUAGAGGGAAGAAAAGAAAUGAUAUUGAGAAUUUCAUAAAUGAAGGUGUCUAUCAAGUAGACAGACUGAAAGAAGAGGGUUUCAUAUCAAGCAUACUCUAUGACGACGAGGUUAUCACUAGGUUGAAGGAGAGACUUCAGGUGAAAACAGACAAAAAUCUGCCUAUGGUUGAUUUCAGAAAAUACUCUGGAGUUAGAAAAUGGACUGUUGGAAUAUCAGGUGGUAAAGAAAUGAUAGCCAUCAUCCGAGCCUCAGGGGCCAUCCGCCGUGUUGAGAGUCCAUUAAGUGUCUCUAGCAAAGGUAUCAUUGGAGAGAAGUUAAUUGAAAAGAUCCGUAGGGUCAGAGAGUCAAAUAAAUUCAAGGCUGCUAUUAUCCGAAUUGACAGUCCAGGAGGUGAUGCUCUUGCUUCUGAUUUAAUGUGGAGAGAAAUCAGGCUUCUGGCUGCCUCAAAACCAGUCAUUGCUUCAAUGUCUGAUGUGGCAGCAAGUGGAGGAUACUACAUGGCUAUGGGAGCUGGAACUAUUGUUGCAGAAAGCCUUACCUUAACUGGUUCAAUUGGAGUGGUCACAGGAAGAUUUAACCUUGGGAAACUUUAUGAGAAGAUUGGUUUCAACAAAGAAAUUAUUUCAAGGGGUAAAUAUGCCGAGCUCUUUGCAGCUGAACAGCGUUCGUUUAGGCCACAUGAAGCAGAGCUAUUUGCCAAGUCUGUACAGAAUAUUUAUAAACAAUUUCGAGAUAAAGCGGCUUUUUCCAGAUCAAUGACUGUAGACAAGAUGGAAGAGGUCGCACAGGGCAGGGUUUGGACCGGUAACGAUGCAGCAUCUCAUGGUUUGGUUGAUGCUAUUGGUGGGCUAUCUCGUGCUAUUGCUAUAGCAAAAUUGAAGGCCAAUAUACCUCAAGACAGAAAGGUUACUGUUGUGGAGCUCUCAAGGCCCAGUCCUUCUCUACCCGAGAUUGUAAGCAGUGUAGGUAAUUCUCUUGUUGGAGUGGACCAAACACUUAAAGAAUUGUUACAAGACUUGACAUUUUCUGAUGGAGUUCAAGCGCGGAUGGAUGGAAUCAUGUUUCAGAAAUUGGAAGGAUAUCCAUCUGCCAACCCCGUUUUGGCAUUGAUGAAAGAUUACCUUAGUUCUAUGUAGAGGGAGAGGGAGGGAUUUUCUUCAAUGUAUAAUAAUAGCAGAUCUACCUGGAAUGAAAAGAGAUUUUCUUCUGUUUGUGUUUUUCAUUGUAUAAUAGCAGAUCUACAUGAAAUCCAGUGGAAAAGCUAAUUCCUCAAUUUAUUGCAUAGUAAUGAGAAACAAUGUCGAUAAAUUUGUAAUCCAAAGACAAAUCAAAAAUGCUCCUCCACUCAAAUA